GAAAGUCAUCUUGAUAGCGUAGAAUUUGUUGAAAGUCAUGUUGAUAGCGUAGAAUUUGUUAAAAGUCAUGUUGAUAGCGUAAAAUUUGUUAAAAGUCAUGUUGGUAGCGUAGAAUUUAUUGAAAGUCAUGUUGAUAGCGUAGAGUUUGUUGAAAGUCAUGUUGAUACUGUUAAGUUUGUUGAAAGUCAUGUUGAUACUGUUAAGUUUCUUGAAAAUCAAGUUGAUACUGUAAAGUUUGUUGAAAAUCAAGUUUUUCAAAAUUUUUUCAGGUACUUCGUUCUGUUAAUAAUGAAUUCAAUGGUUAAAAAUCACAAAGUGAUGUUUACCUUUUCAUUCAUAAACUAACAGCAAUGGAAAACAACACAAAUCGAUAAAAGACAUGGUGCAGAGGACAUGGUGACAAACACCAGAAACUCAGUUCAAAGGGCACCAAAAUGCUGAAAAUAAAGUUGUGAAGGUACAAGUGUCUCUUCAGUACUUACUGAAGUACGAACACCUUUAAUCGUAAUUAUUUUUGCAGUUUCAUAUUGCUUGUAUGUUUGGUGGACCUAAAUUUCUUGUGAAAAUGUUACCUGUAAACAAAUUAAAUUCUCAAUUUUUAUAUGAUCAAAUUCAUUUGACUGUUGAAGCAGUUAAAGAGUCUAAUAGCAACGCAAAGACAAUCCUUGUUUGUGAUGGAAAUCGAACUAAUCAAGCAUUUUUUUAAAAAUUUGACACAUUUCCUGAAAAACCUUGGCUAACCACCAAUGGAACCUAUUUGUUGUUUGACUUUGUCCACUUAAUCAAAAACAUCCGAAACAAUUGGCUCACAGAAAAAAAAGGAGAAUUAAUUUUUUAUGAAAAUGGUGUUGAGAAAACAGCUUGUUGGAGUCAUUUGAUAAAACUUUUUGAAGCUAAUUCUAAUUAUCUAAUAAAACUUUUUGAUUUGAAUGAAGUUUCUGUUCGACCCAGUCAUAUUGAAAGACAAUCUGUUUCUACCUGUCUAAAAGUGUUUUCUGAAAAAACAUACAGCGCUUUACUUAAUCAUCCUGAAACCUCCAACAUCUUAAACAUAAAUGAGACUGCUGAUUUUAUUAAAAUGGUUGUUACAUGGUGGAAAAUUUUAAAUGUAAAAAGUGUGGGUGUAGAUUGUAGGUUUAAUGAUGAUCGAAAAGCUGUCAUCAGAGAUCCAAAUGAUGAUAGAUUAAAAUUUAUUUGGGAUUUCAGAGAAAUGGCAUUACGUAUGACAAGUAAUCAAGGAAAGCGUAUAAAACAAUUAACACAUGAUACAGGAUAUUCCAUAAAUCAUACAUGUAAAGGAAUUGUUGAGUUGACAAAAACACUAUUAAAAGAAAAACACAAAUAUGUUAUGUUGGGAAAAUUUACAACAGACCCACUUGAAAAAGAAUUCAGCAAGUUAAGACAAGGAUCUGGUGGCACAUAUUUUUUAAGUGUCCAGCAAAUAAUUGAAAAGUUCAAUAUUUCUAAAACUUCACUUUUGUUGUCAUAUAACAUUAAUGAGUCAACUCCUGAUGCAGGACAUUCUUGCCAAUUUUGUGGAUUUUUACUUGAUGAAUCUUCAGCUGAGGUCUUUGAUAAUUUACCAACACUAGGAAAAAGUAUAACUGCUCAAUCAAAGAUGUCUCUUGUUUAUAUUGCCGGAUAUGUGUCUUGUAAAGAUGAUUUGCUUAAUGAAAAUGAACUUUCAACCAGAACAAUGUUUUAUUUUGAAAAGUUUGGUCAAUAUCUAAAAUCAGUCGAUAGAGGUGGGUUAAAAGUUCCUUUUGAUAAUACUGUUCAAUGGGUUUUCUUCUCAUUUGUACUAUUUAACUCUAUUAAAGAUAAAGUUUGUCGGACAUCCCUGUGCAACAUUUUUAUGCUUAUAUCGGAUCAUUAUUCUUUUGACAUGGAACGACAUCAUGGUAAUAUACUGUCAAAUAUUUUUAUCAAAAACCACUGCAAACUUUCCACACCAAGAUCGAACAAAGAACCGUCUCUAAAAAUUUUAAAGUUGUCUUGUUAAGUUGACAGUUAUUUAUUGACACAUGCUGUUAUUUCUUUAUUGAAAUUUAUUAAUUGAUUUAAAGUUUCUGUUUUAUGAUUUUAAAAGUAUUUCUUAUUUAUUUAAAUCACUAAAAUAUAUUCCUAUU